AGCGGCAACUUCUUCAAACCCAUACAAGUGUGAGAACACACUUCUAACGGGCGGAGGAGAGCCAUGGCAGCGCGGAUGUGCGUGCUACCAGAAAGCUGAUUUCUAUUGUUGGGAAUGCGCGAAACGCAUGAGGAGCAAACGCAAAGAGCGCACCGUACACGUGAAGCGCAGCGCCUGGGAGAAACGAGGCGGAGUGAAGAGACACGACCCUGUAGUUAGUUUCCCACCUCGUCUUCCAUUUCUCUUGCAGACUGGACUUAUUUCGGAAAAAGCAAAAAUACAGAUUAGAGUGAAGAAACGGGAUUAAUCCGAGGGAACUCGGGCGAUCUCACGAUGAAGAAGAACAAUUCGGCGAAGCGGGUACGAGCCCCAAAGGAGUGGGCGCUAUUGUCACUGUGGCUUUAACUAAUGCUCGUCUUUGUGCUUUAACACUUUGUCUCUGGAUACAUUUGGGAAACACAUACUGAUGCUCGAUCUGCUCGGUUAUGCGCCAUUAUAGCGUUUAUUUGUACGUGUGGAUUGCUGGACUCCAUCACUAAUACCCAUUUGUUAUUGCAGAACUGACGUUUUCCAUCAAAGCUUUUUCCCCCCACUUUCCAUCAUUUGCACGUUUUUGUUGUUUCAUGCCUGAAUUAGUGGACUACAUAAAGUAAAGAGCCAUUGUGUGAUCGCUUGUGGAAAGUUCAGCACUGACUCAAGCUCGCAGUUGGUGUUGCACAAAGAAUGGGACGAUCUCCAUGACAAAGGCAAUGGCUUUGCAGGACUCCAGCCAGCAGCCUGCUCAACCCGACAAAGUGGGAUGGAUUCGCAAGUACUGUGGCAAAGGCCUUUUCAGGGAGAUCUGGAAAAACAGAUAUGUGGUGCUGAAAGGAGACAAGCUGUACAUCUCGGAGAAAGAGGUGAAGGAUGAGAAGAAAAUUCAGGAGGUGGUGGACCUUACAGACUACGAGAGGUCUGAGGAGCUUCGGAAGGCAAAGAGUCGGACCAAGAAAAAUCACAGCAAGUUCACACUGCUGUGCGCCCGCCAACCAGGCAACACAGUUCCAAAUCUGGUCUUCCUGGCUGUCAGUCCAGAGGAAAAAGAGUCAUGGAUCAAUGCCUUGAACAUAGCCAUCACCAGGGGCAAGAACCGCAUUCUGGACGAGAGUCGACUUGCUACUUGCACUUCUCAUACACUCAUCAGGAGAGGAAAGGAUGGAGAGGAUGGAGUCAGCACACAAAGCCAGGUUACAGUGGAAGGUGAAAGCUGUUUGGUUCAUCCCACGCGAGACCGAGCUAAAAUCCCACACACACGCAGACUUCCCACCCGCGGGCACCUUUUGGCUGUGGCCUCAACAUCUACAUCAGAUGGCAUGCUGACCCUUGACCUCAUUCAGGAAGAAGAUACACCAUCUCCUAAGGCACAGGACCAGAAGAAACCUGCAAACUCCAGAGUGGAUACCAGUAAACUUCUACCUUCUGAUUCUGAGGCUACAGUCAAAUCUCAGAGCUUGCCACGCAAAAGUGAAAGCGCUUGGACCUGGAGCGAGAGCCAAGCACAAACCCCUGGGGCUGGAAAGAAGUUCCGAUCUGCGGACAAGAACCGUUGCGCCUCCAUGGAUGAGAUCCUCUCUCACUCGGAUGCUAAGAGAUCAAUCCCACACUGCUCUGCCUCAGCCCCCGCACACUCCAUCUGCCAGCUACAGGAGCUCAUCUUGUUAAAACUGGAGAGAACUCAGGAGCUGCUGUGUGAGGCGCAAGGUCACAGCCAGGUUCGUGGUGCAAAUUCUGCCCCUGGCAAGGAGGCGGAACGUCUGCUGGAGGAGGCGGCAAGUGCCUGGGGGCAGGCCAGGGAUGUGCUGGAGGAGGUGAAGGAAAUCAGAGUGCUGUGCAGGCAGCUGGAGGAGGUCUCCUGCCCCAGUGACAAGCUGAAGAGCCCACAACAAAAUCAAUACAGGAAGAGCAUGAUGUGAAGAUGUGGACAAGGUGAUGCAGUAAGGCCUGGUGAUGCAGCUAAUGGACUUAAAAAUGAACAACUUUCUGGCCCGUAAAAGACUAACCUGUUUAUGAUUUGGGGAGUUAUGGCUCUUAUUUGUCAGGCUACACACCUUCAGCAUUGUCCCAGCUUGUCAGAAGUCUUACUAAACGUUAAAGAGUGUUUAAAUACACAUUCACUCUUCUGCAACCAUCUACAAUGGUUUUAUAUUACAAAACCCCUAGCAGUCUCAUCCUGGAACAUCUGAAAUGAUGACACUUAUAGCACAUAACAGAAAUCACUGAGAGACCUUACUUAUUUUGCAGAAAUUGUUUGGUUAUGAUGCCACACUAUGCCUGAAUUUUGUGAAUUUCCUCAAAGGACUCACAGCUGAUUUCUUCCCAAUUGACAUUACACGGCAUUUAGCAUGUGUGUAAGUGUUUAAACAUGCAGACUUUGGUCCUGUUUUACUUCAGCUGAUAUUAUGUAGAAGGUUGUCCGAAGCCAGAAACAAGACAUUUGCCAUAAUCCAGUCAUUCACGAUGUUACAGAAAAUGCAUGUUGUAGCCAUUGUGAAAUUCUGUCUGCUUUACACACUCCUGAUUUGUUCCUCUUCCCUCAGUGGCAGUGGUAGAGUGGAGCCAAUCAUAUGUACUCACUGGCCGCUUUCAUAGGGACACAUGAACACACGCUUAUCUUAUCAUGUGUCAUGAUCCAGGUGAGCUUCAGUCAAUGUGCACCUCAUAGUUUUUAGUACCAGAACGGCUACAUUGAGUAUACUAGAAACUGCUGAUAUUCUGGAAUUUUCACAUAACAGUCUUUAGUGUUUACACAGUAUAGUGCAAAAAACAACCAAACAUCCAUUGAGUGUGGUUUCUGGGUAAAAAUACCUUGAUGAUGAGAGAGGUCAGAGAAAAAAUGCCACAUUGGUUCAAAUUGCCAGGAAGGCCACAGUAACUUAAAUAAGGAUGAAAUAAAAUAAGAAAUAUGACCUGGAUACAGAUGGGCUCCAACAGCAAAAGACCACUGCUGGACAGUUCCAGUGAUACUUUUCAGGUCUUCAGCUGUCCAGUUUCAUUGAGCCUGUGCUUACUGUAGGUUCAGAUUCGUAUUCUUGGCUAACAGAGGUUGUAGCCUAUCCUAGAGACUGUUGGGCAUGACAAUCCCAAAAGAUCAGCAGUUUCUAAUAUACUAAAAUCAGCCGGUCAUGAGUAAGCAGGGGUACAUAUGCUUCUACUAUAGUGGCUGGCGAGUGUAUAUCGGUCCAUAAUAUAAAGGAUCAGGCAGACAGAAAUUCACUGCUGUUCUGUUAUGUUGGUUUUUUUGCUGCACGGAAAACCAAUAUAGCAUAGGUCAGGGUAUUUUGGAGUGUUAUCUCUAACUCUGCUGUCAGGGAGCCCUUUAUGAAGAAGAUUAAUAUAAAAGAGCAAUGCUUCCCAGGCAGUGGAGCUACUGAGAAAACCAUGGGCAUCACCAACCUGCCACAAUGUGAAUGCUUUAUUUUUCUACUUGAUACACUGGAACAGCUCUGGUUCAUUGAGGAUGGAAGUCUCCAAGGCUCUGGACGUUAUGGGGCUGUGCGAGACUUUGCUGCUUCUCUAAAGUUUUCCUAAUAAUGCACAGCACACAUGGUCUAUUAUAUUCGUACAGGACAUCAGUAUGUACACAGAAUAAUUCAGAUGCAGCCAAUAGCAGUGUCGGCCAUGGAGAAGAGGCUGACUCCGUCCAUACAGAAGAAAGCUGAUGUUGAAUUUUAUGGUGUUUGCCAGGUACUUCUGUGUACUUUCUUUGCAAACUGUCUUUCAAAAUAGGUGGACUCAAACUCAAAAAAGCCAUGCGUAGAAAUAUAAUCAGAAAUACAGAUAAAAUCUGGUGCCAGUGUUGCUACAGGUUGUGAAAGGAGGAUAAGACAGAACUGCCAUUAGAUCUGUGAUUCAAUGUUUGUGGAUGCUUGAAAGCUUAAAGGAAAUGGAUAAUCUCAAAUUUGCACUAUUGAAUGCUGUAAAAGUAAAGUGAAACUGGCAAGCUGUCUUUUUUUUUUUUUUUGUUACCCCUAAGGCACUGAGCAGACAAUCUAACAGUAGCUAUCUCACAGUCAGAUACCUAAAAUGUUGGUACAAGGAUAUAAAAAAAAAUAUUCAAAUGCUGCCUUAGUGAACUUUCCAAGGGCACAUGCAAUUUGCAUGUCAGUUUUGUUUUCCAUUAAUGAAAUUUCACCUUCAAGUUGCCUAAACCAUUGAGAGGUGAGAUGUGCAGUGGCACAGAGGCCUUUACAUUAGACCAGGGGUGUCCAGUCUUAUCCAGAAAGAGUUGGUGUGGUUCCAGUUUUCAUUCCAACCAAGCAGAAGUGAUACCUGAGUCUAUUGAAAGCCAAGAUGAACUGAAACCGGUGAAAUCAGGUGUGGCUCCUGCUUGAAUGGAAUCUCUCUUUGUGGAGAAGAUCGGACACCACCCGCAUUACACCUAAUUUGCUUAUGUGAAUCUCUGUAGAUAGAAAACUAUGCAACAUUGCAUACAAGCCUGAAAUUAACAAGCAUCAAGGCUUAUUGGUGAUGUAAAGUGUGGUACUGUAACAGACCAAAGGGCAUGUGCUGCCAGUAUCUAACGUCCUGUUUUACAGUCAGUAGCUAAUUAACGUGUUUGCACAAUAUAGGUAUGAUUUAAAUCUGUUCUGUUGUUUAGGCCUGAUUCCAAACAGUGUUAUUUUUUGUACAUUUUAUUGUAAAAUGCUUUUUUUUUUUUGUAGAAUCAGUAAAAAUAUUUUAGAAACGUUUUUUUUUUUUCUUUUCGAAAUCAUUGACUUAAUACUUAACUGGAUAAAAAGCUCACAUCACAUUGUUCGACUCUGAGUGAGGCACUAUGAUGUGUUUUAGAAAAUCUUUUAAAAAUAUGUAACAAAGCACAGUAUAUUUUUUAAGUUUUCCCCUGCAUUUUUUUUGUCUCUGUAAUAUAUACAAAUAACUCAUUUCUUUUCUAUAUGCAAUGUUAAUUCUGCAAAGAUGCCAGUAAUUUGUGCCUAGCACAUUUGAAUAUGUAACAUCAACAUGCGGAUUCACCACAAUUUGUCCACUAAAUUAUGACCGGAGGUUAAUUUCCCACACAUCUGCCAGACACGGAGACACAUUAUUCUAUUUGGCUGUAGACAAAAUGAACCACAGAUGAGAAGAUCUAAAUUAUUUAGCAUCAUACCAGCUACAGCUAAAAUAAUGUAAAUACCAGCUACAGCUAAAAUAAAGCACCACAAAAAAAAUGAUAUCUUAGCGAUAUCUAUAAUGAUAAUGAUAUCUAAGUGAAAAUAUCUGGAAUUCAAUCAGAUUUAUGUAGUCUUUUCUAUAAUAACAUUACAGCAAGCCAUAUGACUAUUAAACCUAUUUCUAGACAUGCUUUAUUAAUUCGAAGCAUAAAAUAGUCUGGUUUUAUUGGUCGAUAUGUUUAAUAUUAAGCAGUUAUUUCUAUAAAGGUGCAAAAAAAUGAUCUGCCAGCAGAACAGGAGCAUUUAAAGUGAGUUGAAGCAUCUAAAACAGGCUGUAUUAUCUCAUGUUUAAUUUAUAAUAAUUUCAUAAUAAGAAAUACAUUUGUAAAAUCACUUACUAAGAUAUUAUUUUUUAUAGUGUGACCAUAUAACAAUUAAGUUUUUCUUAUCUUCAAAAAUAUUUCCUGUAAGCCAUCUAAUCCACAAAUUGUAAUAACUAUUUGGAAUGCUUAAUUUUUAUUGCUUUUCUUUCUUUCUUUCUUUCUUUCUUUCUUUCUUUCUUUCUUUCUUUCUUUCUUUCUUUCUUUCUUUCUUUCUUUCUUUCUUUUUUAACAAAAUGAAUGAAUGAAUAGCUCUGGGCUGAUUUGUCAGAUCUGUGGUCCUAGGAGAGAUGGACCACCAGAACACAUCCCAGUUCAACUCUGGCUCUGUUGAAAUGUACUAGAAUAAAUCCUUAGGGUUAUGUUUAAAGAUUGUUUUAUUGUGAUUGUAGAGCAGUAAGUGUUGGUGCAGGGGGUGUGCAUGUUUAAUCAUGUUUAUGCUCUGGACUGUCUCUGAUUCUCUGGUUGAUGUCACACCAUUGCUGAGAUGCCAUGCAGUCACAGACUGCAGGAAAUACCUCAGAAAUGCAGCUAUGUACCUCAAAUUCCUUAAUCAUUUCAGUUGAUCUGCUUAGUGUUUUGUAAAACUGAUAGUGUGUCCCCGCUAGUCUCCUUAGCUACAUGCUUCAGGUAUAGCAUAGCUGGAUACAUGUGAUUGUGUGUGAAUAUAUAAUUGUAGGUGUUGCACUUAAUUUUUUUAUGCUCAGGAUUGGCAAAUCUCUGAUAUACUUGAGACAGACCACUUGUGCAAUUAAAAACCAUACUGAACUCCAUGACCACAUUUAAAUACUGAGUAAAUGUCUGUUUCUUCCAUUGAUAGCAAUAGCAGCAAUAUUCUGCACUCGCAGAAAAAAAAAAGUUUCUCCAGCAUUCUUGGAACUGUUAAGUCUUUCUUACUUUCCUAAAGUGACAGUUUUAGGCUGCUAGGUAGAACUUUUAAAGGUCUCUUCGAUGAACCUUUAAGAAUUCUUUUGAUUAUUUUUUUUCUAAGAGUGCAGAUCUAUGCCAAAGACACACAACAGUCCUCUCUUCUUCUGGUAAUGUUUUUAAUUUCUGUUAAGCAAGGUAGGUAUACACAUAAUCCAUAACAUGUAACUGUAUCAAGCAGAGUGUAAUGGCCAAACAGAUCGUUUAAGUCAAGUGCUGUGUAAGCACACUGGGUCUCAAAUAUACUCAAUGAAUAAUACAUUUUGUUACUGCCUUCUGUUUUUCCUUCAAAAUCAUAAGUAAGCAUCUGUUUUGUCUGUGUGGUAAUAAAACAUCCUGUUGCAUUCUAAUGUUUCAAAGUUAAAAAUAAAAAUAAAAAAACCUGCUUGCCA